GAGAGACAUUCAUCCGAUGACUCGGACUUGAUUUGUAGUGAUGCAUACCGCCCAUGAAGAUAAGAACUAUUAGAGGCCGAGUUCUAUUUAUGUCAAGCCUUGCGGCGACGCCGUGCAGUCACUGUGGCUCGACAGAUGUCGCUAGUAGUAGUAGCGCGGCGCCGUGUAGUACAUACUCAUACGCCAUGUACUACGGAUCCGAGAUCACAUGUGUAUGCUUCGACCGCUCGCGAUCGCAUGGACUGAAACCCGUCCCGUCCCAACAGCGAUAACCUGAGCUUAACACUUUUAG